AUGGGGAAGAGCAAGAGCGGCGGCGGCGGCGGCGGCGGCGGCGGCGGCGUGCCGACGGUCACGCUGGAACAGUUCGCGGACAGCCUCACCGGCGCGUCGUCGUCGUCGUCGUCGUCGAGCGCGACCGUGACCGUGUCGCGUUGGGAUCGCGACGACCGCGUGUUCCUCCUGCGUUUCCCCUCCGCGGCCGCGCAGAGAGACGCGAUGGGCCGCGCGUCCGUCUUCUUAGAGGACCUCGACGACCGCGGCGUCGUCGUGGACAGGAUUCCGUCGGGGCAGCGCGGCGGCGUCGCCAACUACAGCGGGCACAACAUGCGCGCGCGCGACCUCGCGCGAUUCCUCAAUCGCGUCGACGCGACGCCCGGCGCGGCGCCGACGUCCGCGGAGAUCGCGCUCCGCGACGCGCUCGCGCGCGUUGGCGUCCUGCGCACGGACAAAUCCGGCCGCUGGGUCGCGUCCGGACCGGGGACAACAGGACACGACGGCGACGGCGACGGCGGACCCGUCGUCGCGGCGGUCGCGGGGAGCUCGAACCGCGACGAGGUUCGAGACGCGCUGCUACACGAGGCGAUGCACAUGGUUUUCUACACCGACGCGAGCUGGCGCGACGCGUGUUACGCGCACUGGGACGACGAGGUCGCGGAGGAGGACAAGGCGCGGUGGGUCGCGUUCUUGAAAGGGCUGAGGUACGACGGCGACGACCGCGAGCUGUGCGUGAACGAGCUGCAGGCGUACAUGUGCACCGAGCGGCUUCUGUUCGGCGGCGGCGAGAAAGGCGGCGGGAGAGGGAAGAGGGACGGCAAGGAGAAGGACGACGGCGGCGACGCGAGGGCGCUCGGCGCGAUGCAAGCGAAGUUCGCCGCGUUCGCGGCCGCGCGGUUAUCGAACCCCCCGAGCGUGGGCGCGCACACGAAGUGCGUGUGGUUGUGA